UUGCUCUAAGUUAUUGAUACUUUGGGUUUCUCUAAACACAAGGAAGUACUACUCAGCCAUAAAGGAUUAAGUUGGGUCACUUGUAGGAAAAUAUGUAUCUUGAGACCAUAAUGCUAAGGGAAAUAAAUCAGACACAGAAGUUUAAAUACUGCAAUGUUAUUUCUAAAAGUUGACUUUUUGUCACCGAACAUGAGCAUUUCCCAGGAAGAUCCUUUGCUUUAUUGGCUGAUGGGCCUGGAUGCUGAAAGAACAUACAAGGGACACUAUUCUUUAUCUCUGUAAACACGCAGGCCCAGAUGGCUGCUCCACUGCAGCCUAGACGCCAGGCGCCACUAGAGGAAGGCCACGUGGCUGCACCUGAGCAACCGAGAGAAAAACAGGGCGUCCAGUCUCCAGAACAGCUUCCACUCACAGCUGGAUUGCAGGCAUUAUCUGUGAGGUCGAGGAGGCCUGCUGGAAUUUUUCAGGACCUUGUGGUGAAUACGAGGGAGAGCUUGGAACAUGUUAAGCACUCAAAAACAGGUUCUGAAGGUAAAGUGAUAGAACUGUUAGCAAACCAUUUCCAAGUUACAUAUCCUCCAUGGAUUGCAUAUAAGUACAACAUUGACUACAAACCAGACAUAAAAGAUAUAGAUCUCCGUGAAAACUUACUUUUUCAACAUGAAUCAACAUUCGGAAGACGUCAUAUAUUUGAUGGAAACUCUUUAUUAUUACCUAGAAGGCUACAAAGUUCUAAUGUGGAACUUGUCAGCUGGACCCGAGAUGGUGGCAUUGUGAAGAUUACAGUCCACUUUUCAAAGGAACUCAGGCCUACACACCCAGACUGCCUGCGUUAUUACAAUAUCCUCUUUAGAAGAACUCUGAAGCUGAUGAAUUUUAAACAAAUUGGUCGCAACUAUUAUGAUGAAAACAGUAAAGAAAAUUUCUGUGACAACAGGUUGGAAGCCUGGCGUGGUUAUGUGACUUCUGUUCUUCCAUAUGAACACAGCCUUACCUUGUGUUCUGAUAUUUGCCAUAAACUGCUCCGAUUAGAAACUGCUUAUGAUAUAAUAAUGCGGAGGUGUGAAAAAUCCCUUCAAGAUAAAUAUAUCAGAGAAGAAGUGUCUAAAGAAUUAGUUGGAUUAAUUGUUUUUACAAGAUACAACAACAAAACCUACAGGGUGGAUGCUAUUAAUUGGGAUCAGAGUCCCAGAGAUACAUUUAAAAAAUCAGAUGGCAGUGAAAUCACCUUUGUAGAGUACUACAUGCAGCAAUAUAAUCAAAUUAUCACUGACUUAGACCAGCCACUCUUGGUCAGCCAAGGCAGGUGGAGAAAGGGCCAGAAGAAUACACCACAUGAACCUGUUCUGCUGAUUCCUCAGCUCUGCUACCCGACAGGUCUAUCGGAUGAACUGCGUCAAAAAAGUAAAGAUAUGAGUAAAUUGACUAAGUUUAUGCAGUUGUAUCCAUGGGAAAGGAAGAAUGAAUUGGAAGCCUUCAUUAAUAAGAUACGAGUAAAUCGGACAGCACAAAAUGAGCUUCAACGCUGGAGUCUGAGGUUUGAUACCAACUGUUUGCCCAUCUCAGGAAGAAUUUUGAGAGAUGUAAAGAUCUUCCAGCGUGACGUAUCAUUUGGCAUCGGGCCACAGCCAGCAGAUUGGAUGAGAGAAUCAAGAAGUACACCCUUACUUACAGUGAAGUCACUAAGUCACUGGGUGUUACUUCAUCCUAGGGAACAUGGUAACAAUGCCCAAUCCUUACUGCGCAGUUUACGUAAAGUCACCCCUACCAUGGGCAUAACUGUGGGACAAGCAAAUAUGUAUGAAGUAAAUGAGGACCCGAGCUCCUAUAUAUCCACAUUACGGAAAUGUGUCACAUCACAUACAAACAUGGUGGUUUGUAUACUGCCUGAUAGCGAGAAACACAGAUAUGAUGAGAUAAAAAAAUUCCUGUGUAUCCAUUGUCCGGUCCCAAGCCAGUGUGUGGUAGCAGAGACCUUAAUGUCUGGCAAUACAUUGCUGACCAUUACUACGAAGAUUGCCCAGCAGAUGAACUGCAAGAUGGGAGGAGCCCUCUGGAAGGUGGAGACAGGUUUACAGAAAACAAUGUUCAUUGGUAUUGAUUGUUUCCAUGAUAUUGUAAAUCGACAGAAGUCAAUUGCGGGAUUUGUUGCAAGCACCAACGAAGAAUUAACCAAAUGGUACUCCCAAUGUGUCUUCCAGGAACCUGGACAGGAGCUUGUGGAUGGGUUGAGUAGCUGUUUGGAAGCUGCCUUAGAUUCCUGGUUUAGAAAUGUACAACAGCAGCCAGAUUCUGUUGUGGUAUAUCGGGAUGGCGUAGGAGAUGGUCAGCUUCAGGCCUUGCUUGACCAUGAAAUACCACAGCUUGUGAGCCACUUAAGAAAGCAUCAAGUCAAGCUAACUUUCAUUGUGGUGAAGAAACGAAUAAACACCAGAUUUUUUGUUCAGUCUCAAGGAAGACUUCAAAAUCCACCUUCAGGAACUGUUAUUGAUGUGGCAUUAACCAGGGAGGAAUGGUAUGACUUUUAUAUUGUGAGUCAGUCCUCCAAGCAUGGUACUGUUACUCCCACUCAUUAUAAUGUUAUCUACGACACAAUUUGCUUGGACCCAGAUACAGUACAGCGUUUAACUUACAAACUAUGCCACAUGUACUAUAACUUCCCAGGCACCAUUCGAGUUCCUGCUCCUUGCCAUUAUGCCCAUAAACUUGCUUACUUCGUGGGGCAAAAUAUUCAACAAGAGCCGCAUAACUCACUAUCAAACUGUCUCUAUUACCUUUGAGCUACAGAGAAAGACCUGAUAUGAUGCAGAAAACCACAAGUGGUACAUUUAUUAUUUUUUCCUUUUGAAGCUGGACAUCUGAAAUAUUUUCCUAGAUUGGCAGCUAGAUUGUAAUUUUGAUUGGAAAUAGGGGAAUGUUGAAUAGUAUCAAAGAGAUGGCAAAGCAGAAAAGAAAAUUGUGCUAAUAUUUAGCAGGAAACUCCAAAAUGGUACUUGCGGCUGCUUUUUAUGUCACAAAUGCCACAUGAGGCAAUUGAGUGUGACUGAGAAGUUGUAUUUGUUCAGAGUUUUGGGUCUGUGUUGAGAAAAACUGGAGUGGACUCACUACAGUUGGAUUCAGUGAUGUGGUCUACUUUCAGUACUACUCACUGACUUUACACAAGAUUGACUUUCUGAAGGGUGGGGGUAGGGAGAGAACAGACAAUAAAGAUUUUGUGUCUUCCAAGUUACCUUUUUUUUUUGGUACUGGGGAUUGAACUCUGGGACCUUGUGCUUGAACCACUGAGCUAAAUCCCUGGCCCUCCAAUUUACUUUUCAAAUGUUAAAAAGAUUUUAUAACUAAAUGUGCCAGGACACUUUGCAUUACAAGCAGUGUCACUCUGAUCAUUGAAAGGAUUAGUCAUCCUAGGGUUAGCCUGGUGAUUUAAAAAUUGGCAAUUUAGGAAUGUGGAAACAUUUUUCCUCUUUUUCCACAAAGACAGGAAAUUAAGAACUCCUUAGUCUUUCUGCUUCUGUUUCAAGUGUGAUAUUGUUAACUGCAAUACGAUCAGAAGAAUCUUAAGUAGAUGUUUUAGAUGAAGCCAUCUGCUUUUCCAGAAAGCAGAUACAUUUUUCUCUCCCCUUAAAACUAUCUUUAAAUAGACUCCAAACAGUGUAUUAUGAGAACUUUGUUUUCCUGGAGUCCUAAGGAGAGUGUUAUUUUGGGAGGGGGAAGGACUAGCUUCAAAGAUACUAGAAAGAGUAUAUUUGAGAACAGUAUGUUUGCUUUGAUUCUAUGUUGAUGAAUUUACAUUUACAACUUGAACUUGUUUUAUAAAAAAUAAAAUUAAAUCAUUUAAGAAAAUAUAAUCCAGGUAAAAUUGCACUGAGCAGUACUACCAAGAGUGGUAAAUGUAAUGGAAGAGGUGGCCCAUGAUUAAAGAUGUGCCCUAGCAACAUGUUCUUUUCUGAGGUUAGAAUUUGAUUUAGGAUAUUACUUUCUAGAAAUCUGAGCAAGUACUUUGGGAGGAAAAAAUGGAAAGUUAUUAAAAUGUAGUGAGUGUUUUCUCUAAGUGCAGUAUGUACAAAUAUCACUUAUUCCUAGUACUGUUAAAUGAUGUAAUUCAAUAAAAUACUCAUGUUAAAAUCAUAGAUUUGAGUCUUACUAUCUGUAGUGUGCUUUUCUUAGCUUUCUUCUUGUGUUUAUCGGUAAUAGAAAUUG